GCUGGCAACAUCGCUCAGUUGUCUUGUCUAAAGGAAAUUGAAAUGACAUUAGUAUAGAGUAUUCAAUUCUUACAAAAUCAUUUUAUUGCAACGUACUUGUGAGAUUGUUCGGGAAUAAAUUGUUUUAAAAAGCUUUCUAUUUGUUUGAAAAUGACUCGGUUAAGGUUAUGUUUGUUAGCCGCAGUUUUAUGCAGCCUAACGGUACUAGGCCAUGGGUCUGUGACUACGCAAAAGCCGGUGACGAUCCUUUUGCCGAAGACCGUCUCAUCGGAGUCCCCGAGUCCAGAACCGGAAGUCACAACUGUUGACGUGAAAACUACAGAAGUUUCCACGCAGCCACCAGAAACGACAUCGGCCCCUACGACUACGCCCCCAACUACGACUUCCACUACUACCACAACUACGUCUUCAACUACCCCGACACCUCCUCCAACUCCUAAACCUACACCACCCCCUACACCAAAACCAACCCCAGCUCCAACCCCAGCACCAGGUCCCAUCCCACCCCCAAAACAAGGCAUCUGGUCCUACACCGAUAAGCUCAACAACAACACCUGUGUCCUACUCCAGUUUGCUGCUCAACUGAAUGUUACCUACACAAAGGUGGAGAAUGCAUCUACAUCCCUCGCCUACGUAAUCCUUAACGUCCCAACAACAGCGGUGGUUGUCAACGGUAGCUGCAACGGCACUGAUCAGUGGUUGAACAUACGCUGGCCGGUCAACAACGCCACGGACACAACUUACAACAACAUGGUCUUCAUAUUCCACAACAAUGAGACGACAAAGAUGUACUCUCUCCGGAACCUGAACGUUUUACUGGCGCCCGAAGCGUUCCCUAAUGCGUCAUCCAAGGAGCCAAUAGAGCUAUGGCACGGUGAGGGUUGGAAAACACCUCUUGCAACCUCCUACCGUUGCACCCCGGCCACUCAACUGAACAUGACCGCUGACUCAACUAGCAUGGUCGCCACGCUCACCCUCUCACAACUGCAGGAAGAAGCCUUCAGGAACUCAACUAACAAGUCAUUCAGUGCCGCUCGUGAGUGCGGCGGUAGUGACGUACCCGACGCGGUCCCGAUUGCGGUGGGCUGUGCCCUGGGCGGGCUGGUGUUGGUGGUGCUCGUGGCCUACCUCGUGGGCCGCCGUCGAUCCGCCGCCCGUGGCUACCUCUCCAUGUAAACCGAUAGAACCUGGAGAAUCGACGUUCGUAGUAAAAUAGACGUAGAAGUAAAUAAUAAUAUCAUCGUAUCAUUUCAUCGCAUUUAUCAUACAAAUUCAUGGACUUAAUUUCAAUUAAUAACAAAUUUGACUUUUAAUUUCUUUUAACAAGUAGAAUUGCUCAAUAUUCGAUAUGGCAACACUCGCAUGUGUGUUGCCACUUUGAAAAAAAAAUAACAAAUCUGAUUCAUACGAGUUUAUAAUCUCAAUUUGAUGUGAAAAGUUAAUAAAUACGGAUAAUUUUACAAUGUUUUUAAUUUGAUUCGAAUUAUAGUAUCGAAAAUGUAAUUUUUUACACAAUGAUAAGUUUUCUUUGUAGUGUAUAUCUAAAUUAGUUUUAAACGUCAAAUUUGUCCUUUCAAUUGCUAUUGUAAAAUGAUAGUUAUGUAAUUAAAAUAGCUAAAUCAGCUUCUUCUAAAGCGAUUUUGCAUUUUCGAUACUCUAUUACGAAUUAUUAAAUUAAAAAUUGAAUUUAAUUUAAUUAAAAUUUAUUUUGAAUAAAUGCAUGAUAUUCGCAAAAUAUUUAAAAAAAAAAUGUCAAUCUGAUUCACAGAGUAAAAAUAAGACUAAAGAUGUAUAAUGAUUAAAAUAAAUACUAUAUAAAAAUGUGAUGUUAUUUACUAUUUACAAUUAUAUAUCGAAACUUCCUUUUCAAACUUAUAUUGUCCUUAACGUCUCAACUCCAAAGAUACAAUUCGAUAUGUUAUACCACGGUAUAACAGAAUUAAUAUUAUGUGAUUUUUAAAUCUAUAGAUAGUUUGUUUAUAGACAGUAUAUGUUUCUUUAAUAAAAAAAAAAGUUGAAAAAAGUAUUCGAAUGCUUCAUGCAUUUUAUGUAAUGGCAACUUUUUCGCAAUGAUGAUGCUUAACCUUCUUUAAAAGAAACGUAUUCUGUAUCAAAACAUUCUGUAUACAAAUAAUAAAAACUAAAAACAUUCAAUCAGUCUGGACGAUGUAUCUGUUGAUUUCAUUUAAGCAUUAGUUGAACUGUAUUUUUAUUAUAUCCAUAAGUAAUAAUAUUUUGAACUGUAUGUAGUACGUAUAGUUACUGUGAAGAUAUAGUUUAUCUAUCGGUUUAUGGGUUUUUAAUAAAUGUCCAGAAACAUCUCGAUUGUUGUGUAAUGGUCGGGGAAUAUGGGGGAGCAAUAGGGUUGAUCGCUUCGAUAUUAGAAAUUUUAUAUUCUUAAUUGCAAUUUAAAGUUACAUAUAUUACAAAAAUAGAUUAUUUAUGCGCAUAAAUAUACCUUUUACACAUCCUUGAUUCCUGACAGUAUUAAGUUACUUUGUCAAGCUUGUGACAAAAUGCGUACAGUACUGAUCCGGUUUCCGAUGUAUCGUUUUCUUUGUAAUUCAUUACGAUUUCCAGUGUAUUAAGCCAAGUCUUUUAUAGAAAUUAUAAAAAAGUAUUUAAUAUAUUGUUUAAAUAGAGCUACUUAAUAUAUUGUAAACUAAAAAAAAAAUAUUGUCAAAUUUGACAAAAAAAAGUUACUUUAUUUUGUUUUGAGUUUUUACAUUUCUGUUGUCGGGGAGUCAAAAUAUAUAUUUUGUUUAUAUGAUGUUAAAUUAGUAUCGAAGCGAUCAGUGUGAUAAUUGUGAUGUGCACAUAUAAUAAAAAUAAAUGUUUUUUAUUGCCAAAA